UGCUCUCAUUUCUCUUGACCAGAUCUUUAGUACUCCACAGUAUCAUCCCAGGAGUCAGCCUUUUGUAGAUCACGUUUUCACCUUCUCCAUCACGGACGAGAGGAUCUGGUUUCGAAAUUAUCAGAUCAUAGAGGACGAUGGAGCUCUUGUUGAAAUUGGGCCUCGUUUUGUCCUGAACCUUAUCAAGAUCUUCCAGGGCAGCUUUGGAGGACAAACCCUGUAUGAAAACCCCCAUUACCAGUCUCCAAAUAUGCAUCGUCGGGAAUUAAGACUGGCCCUAGUUGCUAAAUUUAGAGAAAAACAAAACAUGAAAGAGUUACAGAAAUUGAAGAGUACGGAAGACCCAGCACUCAUUCCUAAAGAUCCCACCGAGGAAGUUUUUGAAACACCUGCUGAAGAAAAGCCAAUGGAGAUCGAACUGGUGAGGCCAGAACCAAAAAUGAGUUUGAAAAAGAAAAAGAAGAAAGUACACCAACGACAGAGGAAGUGGAAGAGAAAGCUUGGCAGAAGUGGAGUGCAGAAUUAGAACUUUGAAAAAAAGAUGAUUAACUGAACUUUAUAGUACGGGAGUCUAAAUCAGUUACUACGCUACUUUUCUAAUCAAGUUAUCUACUGUAGCAUCACCUGUAAUCACUUAUUGGCUGGUCUUAAAUAUUUUUACAAAAAUAAUUGGAUUUUCUUGCUUUUUUCUUAAAAAAGGAAGUUGGUGAUGGGUAUAACAGGGUUAGAGAGAGCCAGUGGCUCUAGCAACAUCUCUCAGAUUUGCUUUGGGGGAAAAAAUAGCCCACUGGAACAAACAAAACCUCUUUUAAUCUACUGUUUGGAAAAAUAAACUCAAGUCAACUGAACACAGAAAUCACCCACUCACAGUUUCCAAUAGUUUAAUAACUGAAAUGCCUUCUCGGUCGGAAGACUAACAGUUUAUGAAACUAGUAUGCUUUCUGCAUUUUUUGCUGUAGAUGUCCUAUAGUAAUUCCUACCUGAAGAUUCAUAACUUUUAAUCCUGUAUUAUAGAGGUUGUUUACUUCUUAUCAGUGAGGGAAAACAUUGUUAUUAAUAGCUGGAGGUAAAAUUUUAUAUAUACAUGUAUUCAACUAAGAUUCUUCAGCCUCUGGAAUGUUUUCCUUGUAUUCCAUAUCAUUUACAGUUUUGGAUAUACUGCACCCCAAUUGCUUUCUUAUUAAAAAAAAGGACAAAAAGUACAGGCUAAGUGUAUACAGUUGGGGUUGGCUUGCUUUAGAAGUCAUUAUGAAUAGAUGCUUUGAAAUGCACAGGAGCACAGCACUUUAAAGCAGUUCUUUUUUUUCUGCAUGAAAAAAUGCACGUUUGAAUGAGAAUUGAGAAAAUACAAACUUGCUUUAAAGAAGUAGUGUACUCCUUUGCUUAUUCAAAUAAUUUGAGCUAUGCACAAUCCUGUAAUACUUUACUGCUUUAACCAACAACUAAUAUUUGUUGGUUCAAUAGCCACUGCCAAGCAAUUUAAAUUCAAGGAUGUAAUUUCUUGUGUUACAACAGUUUUCUCAGCAUUGGCAUUGCUGAAUUUUUGAAAUAUUAAAUUGGAGGGACUAGA